AUGGCCAAUCAGUCUUCAUCAGGUGACGUCACACUCGCAAAGUCGCACAACAGCGACAACUCCAACAUCAACAGUGACCACUGCAACAGCAACAGUGACGACUCCAACAGCAACAGUGACAACUCCAACAGCAAGUGUGACGACUCCAACAGCAACAGUGACCACUCCAACGGCAACUGUGACCACUUCAACAACAACGGUGACCACUGCAACAGCCACAGUAGCGACUGCAACAGCAACAUUGACCACUCCAACACCAACAGUGACCAUUCCAACAGCAACAGUGACCACUCCAACAGCAACAGUGACAACAUCGACCCCUCCAACAGCAACAGUGACCACUCCAACAGCAACAUCGACCCCUCCAACAGCAACAGUGACCACUGCAACACCAACUGUGACAACUCCAACAGUAACAGUGACUACUCUGACAGCAACAGUGACGACUCCAACAGCAACAGUGAGCACUGCAACAGUGACGACUGCAACACCAACUGUGACGACUCCAACAGCAACAGUGACCACUCCAACAGCAACAUCGACCCCUCCAACAGCAACAGUGACGACUCCAACAGCAACAUCGACCCCUCCAACAGCAACAUUUACCACUCCAACAGCAACGGUGACCACUGCAACAGCAAUAUUGACCACUGCAACAGCAACAUUGACCACUCCAACAGCCACAGUGACGAGUCCAACACCCACAGUGACGACUGCAACAGCAACAGUGAGCACUGCAACAGUGACGACUCCAACAGCAACACAACAGUGACCACUGCAACAGCAACAGCGACUACUCCAACAGCAACAGUGACCACUCCAACAGCAACAGUGACUACUCCAACAGCAACAGUCACCACUGCAACAGCAACUGUGACCACUGCAACAGCAACAGUGACCACUGCAACUGCAUCAGUGACUACUGUACCGGCAACAUUGAUUCCAACCACAACACUGACACCAACAACAACAUUGACUCCAACGGCAACAGUGACUACACCAGUACCUUUUACUACAGCAGCUCCAGAUCCUUGUGCUACAAACACUUGUGGCGAAGGAAGCACGUGUGAGGCUCGAGCCAAUCAAGAUUUUGUAUGCUUGUGUUUGGCUGGUGAUAUAUACAACUACAAAUCCCGCCGCUGUCAGAGGGCCAAGGUUUUCCCUGAACACAUACACCUGCCUCACGUACCAUAUAAUAACAAUAUGUUAGACAAGGCAUCACCAGUGUUCAAACAGACUGUGGACCGUAUUACCGAAGAGCUGGAUGAGAGUUUGGGAUCGAAUGAUCCUACUUACAUUCGAUCUACAGUGCUGGAACUGUGGUCAGCUGACAACAGUCUGUUAAGAGUGGUGAUUGCCACCAAUGCGUCUAUAGAGAUCAUCUACUCAGCAAUCUCCAACAUCACAACAUCACAAGUUGAAGAACAGAUCGAAAAGGCCGCCAAUUGCACCAACUGUUCACUGGCAGGUGCAACUUUUGCUGAUGAAGACCUGUGUGAGAGGAACCCAUGUGAUGCAUUCACCACAAGAUGCUCUUCAGGAGAUGGAAAUUUCAAGUGUGCCUGUCUGGAUGGCUACAUUCCGACUCACAGUACCAGAAUCUGUCGUGUUUGUCCCACUGGACAAAAAGCAGUGGAUUCUGUGUGCAUCAAUUGUCCAUUUGGUUAUUCUGGUUUUAACUGCAGUGAAUCAUGGCAGCUCAUCCUGGUGAUCAUCUGCUCCGUGUUCGGUGCGCUGCUGCUCAUAGCCGUCAUUCUUCAACCCUUAGUCACUUGCAAGCUGUCAAAGAAAAAGUUGAAGACAAACGCUACCAAAUUUGUCAGAAUGCCCUACGCCAACCUGUCUGCUCCCAAAGCACCAUUGAUCAAUGUCCACUCAGUCAACAGCCAGGGAUCAGUCUUUGAUAAGGGGUCAAUCACUGGCUUGGGAGCUUACACCCAGGAUGGAGUUCUCAGACUUCCACGGGCAACGAUCAACAACAGCAGCACCAACCUGGAGAUGACUGCCAGCAACAGUCGGCAAAACCUGUUUCCUGCCUGCAGGAACUCGUGGCUGAACAACAACCACGGUGCCAGUAACACAUCCACUUGGGCUUGAUCCCAGAACAUCAGAGUGGGGUGAUCAGAGCGGGGGCUACAACAACCCUUACUACACGCGAGACAAUGAAAAUUAACUUCUCAAAGACUGAAAGUGAUGUAAUGUUUUUCCCACCAUGAAGUUUGGGAUAUGAUAUCUCUUAACAAAUUUAUCUUAUUCAUUUCUGUUGCUGUUAAUGAAUACUUCUGUGUUAACAUGUGCAAUCACUGGACAUUUAGUCACCAUGGCUGGUGAGUUAUAAAGAGAUCAGUGCGGUCAUUUAACAAGAGUGUAAUUCUGUAUUUAUUUCUGUUUAUUAAGUCUAUCAUAUUUUGUGAGUUAUUGUUUUCUCCUUUUAUGCAAAUAUAUAUUCUAUAUGUUUCGUUCUCUCAGUUUUGUUUUGUCAGCAUGUUUUCUCAUCUAAGAUUUGUUAUGUAACAUUCUACUUAUUUUUCUCUUGGUUAAUCUGGUAAAUGUGUCUUUAAGACAAGUGCAUUGAUUUUGAGUUUGAUGACAAUCACCGCCAUCUAGUGGCGUAGAGCAGAAGCAGCAAGUGAGGUUAUAUCGGCAGCAAGAGGGCAGCCAAGGAGUUCUCAAAACAUGUCUGUCCUGUGUGUUGUGUCUGCUGAUUUCCUCAUCUGUUGCACUCAAGAAUGGCAUAAUCAGUAAAUUCAAUGCAAAGAUGA